ACGAGCAGUCACUGAAGGUAGCACAGAAGGACAAGUUGGAUCCGUCGCUGCUGGCCGAGCUGCGGCACUGAGCGCUCCGUCAGCAAACAUCCCAGCAUGGACAAGCCCACCGGGGAUGCAGCCUCCGACCCCUCCGCAGCGGCCUUCUCCCAGGUGGUUUUCAGCGACAUCCCCCACUGCUACCCCCCUGCAGCCUCCCUGACCUGCUACUACAUCCUGACUGCGCCCUUCCAGCCCAACGCCAGGGACUGGGUGGGGAUUUUUAAGGUUGGGUGGAGCACAACAAAAGAUUAUCAUACCUUUGUGUGGGUAGAUCCACCUCUGGAUGUUGUUGGGCAGCAGCCAGUGAGAAAACAAGUAGUUUUUAAUGACUACUACUUGCCAAAGGAUGAAGCCGAGUUCUACCAGUUCUGCUACGUUGAUAGCAAAGGCCAAGUGAGAGGAGCCAGCACCCCGUUCUGUUUCAAAGCCCCAGUGGAGCAAAGCAUGGACAGCAGCCUGGAAAAUGACCUUCUGGUGAUUACAACACAGGAACAGGUUGAACAGAGUGUACGAGAGAAAGCUGAACUGAUGAAAGAGUUGGAUCACAUGCGAGAGGAGAGUGAGGCCAUGAAAAACGCUCUGAGGGAGAAACAGCAAGAAAUCGACAGCCUGAAGGAACAGAAUGAACAAAAAGCACAGGAAAGGAGUGUGCUGGUCAAGGAAGUGAAUGAAAUGAAGGAAAGGAAUGAAAGCAUGACAAGAAACUUAAAGGAACAACAACAAGAGACUGACCGCCUUAAGGAGGAGAUGCUGAGGCUGCAGCAACAGAAUGACAGCAAGGAAGAAAAGCUGAGUCAAGGUGUGAAUUUAGGAGAUGAAUCAUUAAAACAACAGGAGUCUCUGACACACAUGCAGGAGAAAUAUAGUCGAGCUGUGAUGAAGAUCAACCAGCUGAAGGAGGUGCAGGAGGAGUUGAGGGGAAAGCUUGAUGUCCAGAGUGUGGAGACAGCAGAGCUGACGCGCAGAACCAGAGAACAAGAACAGGAACUGGUCAAGCUACAAGAUAACAUUCAGCUUUUACAGGUGGACCUUCAGAGCAGCGAGAAGGAGAAGGAGAGGCUCUCCGCUGAGCUGCACAAAUUGCAAAGCCUCACGCACAGCUUGGAUGAGCUCAGGAGCGAGAACCAGCACUUGCGCAGGAGCCUGUCCCUGCAGGAGCCACCGCAGAACAUUCCAGAUGAUGAGUGUCACAUUCUGCGUAGCCAGCUGCGGGACGCUCAGGCACAGCUGGCUAGUGAGCUGGAGGAGUCCAAGAGGAUGAAGAGAGACGCAGAACAAACUGAGCGACAGCUGCAGGACGCCAGGGAGCAGCUGGAAGGCAUAGUCACAACAUUUAAUGAGAUUCAACGGAAAAGUAGCAAACUAGAGCUCCAACUUACAGAGGCCCAUGGAAUCAUCGCAGAGAAAGAUGAAACCAUUCAAGACAAAGAGAAGAUGCUCAAGAUUGAGCGACAAGAGAAAGAAGAGCUACUCAGAGAAACCCAGAAUCUCCAAAGAGAUAUCGAAGGCCUUCGCAGAGAGUUCGCCGACCUCCAGGCAGCUCCACUUGCUGACACACUGCCCGCGCAGCCUGCCAGCCCUCGCGGCUCGGCAGAUGACGCCACUUCAGCCGCCACUCACGCACAAGAGCAGGACUCCCUUUUAGAGUCUCACGUGUAUGACAACAUAUAUGAGAACGUGGAAAGUGCCUCAAACACAGAAGUAGAGCAAUCGUUGGUGUGUCGGCACUGCAAGGAGAUCUUCCCGGGCAUCACGCAGGACGAGCUGGUGCUGCACGAGCAGAGUCACAAAGUGUGCCCGUUCUGUACCGUCAUCUGUGACAACAUGGAGCAGUCCGUGUUUGAGGAUCACGUCUACAGCCACGAGGUGUAAGAACUGUACUUGGAGAAAAAACAUGGCAGUGAUGGAUGAUGCAGGUUGUGUGAUCACAUAUCGAAGUGUCAGUUCAAAGAAACCACGUGCCAAGAAAUCUAAUAACUAUUUACAUAUAGUUUUGUCAGUGUCUCUCAAUAUUGAGAGACGGAGAGCACAAUAUCUAGACUUAUUUUAACUGCAUUGUGGCUUCAGCUUUGGUAGGAUUAUUUACAUUAUGUAUUCAUUAAAGCCGGUUUAUAUUGAGUCUGCUUAAAACCUUUAUGUGCAUUUAAAAUACAUAAAAUUUACUAAGUGUGCAAUGACUCAGACCUAAUUAUAUUGACUGCAUAUCAAUCAAGUCACUGAAUUUCGGUGUCAAAUUCUUCUGAAGUUUGCUUCCCAAGUUCUUGUUGGUCUAAUUUAAAUGUAAAGUAGGCCUAUGGAUGAGUGAAGCCGAGGAUUUGUUAAUGUGAAUGUUUGAUGCAACAGAUGAAAUCAAAUGUCAACAACCAUUCAGAUGAUUUACAUAACCAUGUAUUUUAUAUCUGAACAAAUAAUUUUCUCUACAAUGUACAUUGCACCCUUUACAUGGCCUUGUUAGAGGAAAAUAAAAGUUAAGUUCUGCCUGUA